AAGGUUUAAGUCAACAAGAAAUUACACUGAAAAUGAUUGCAAAAAUUUGAUCCUAGCAUGACUAUUAAGGCUUUACCACUACGGAGAGAGAAAAAAGAAAAUCAUUCCUUGGUAAAGGCGACAAAGAGAAAUUACAGAAACUGAGGGAAGUUUGAAGAUAUGGAAGAAAAUCUUGUGCAGAAAUCCCUGGCAUGGCUACAAAGUCUUGUAAAAGGUGCCAUAGGCCAUGGGUUGGAGACCAGAACCCUUGAAGGACUGCGCAUGAUCCAAGCUGAAAAGGGAUUUAUACGAUUUGAUCUCAUCGUGCCAAGUCUUGCUUCAGAUGCUGAUGGGAAUUGGCAUGUUGGAGCUAUAGCAACCUUGAUUGACAUUGUUGGAGCUGUUGCUAGUUACUCUGUUGCCCAGCGUGUCAUAACUACCCUUGAUGUCAGCAUUUCAUAUUAUUCAACAGCUAAGAUUCAAGAACAUGUGGAGAUAGAUGCAAAGGCUAUUGCAAACAGAGGAACGCUUACACAAGUGAUCGUGGAAGUUAAAAGGAAAGGAAAUGGGGAGCUAAUUGCUUUAGGAAAACAGUGGAUGGCUUCAAACAGACUCCCUGUUUCUGAAGUGAGUAAGCUUUGAGAACUAAAACAUGUUACUUAAGAUAAAAUAAUUAAGAUGUACUUUUUUUUAAAGGGGAUUGAAAGAUUUUAAUAAAAGAGAAUUAAGUAACUUUUUGGUUUUAUUUGGUUAAAUUGAAGAAUUGUGAUUGUCUAUUAUCUCAAACCAUAUGUAAAUUUUUGCCACUGAAUUGAGGAGUCAUUAAACCCCCCACCCUGGAUAUCCGCUAAAGAGAGGCUAUUUUGGUGAUACCUUUGAGCUGUCAAAGGGAACCAGAUAGGCUGGUGUGGCCUCACAAUGAGAGUGGUUUAUAUGCUGUGAUGUCUGGGUUAUAGGUAGACUUGGCAAUUCGAGUAUUCAUAUUGUGUAAAACACUAAUAAUUCGUGUAUUUAUGUUGUGUUUUACAUGAAAAUUGCUGGUCACAAUUCGUGUCGAUACGAAAAACA